CCAGAAGUGUUCAGUCGAACCUGAUUUAAGGAUUGGAUGAAAAGGUUUGCGAAAUCUUACGGUAUUUAGAAAUCCAGGCAAGCUUUUCGCCCACCUCAUUCCAUCACCGGCAAUCACUAUAACAUUCCGGUUAUAAUUCCCUGUUGAAGUUUUCUGGAUGAAACGUACCACUCAUCUUUUAGCAGACAUUCCACAUUGCUGAAGGCAACUUCGUAAUCAAUCGACAAUGUCUCCGCCAAAAAUCCUCAUGGGUACUGGGUUGUGGGGUGAUGAAACGUCAAAGGAGGUAGUCACCAAACUUGCUGAGGUACUGAAAGAGUUGAAAAUCAAGGAAAUAGAUGGAGCUGCUCUGUAUCCCAUUACCAACCCUGGCCAAUCCGAGAAACUCAUAGGCGAAUGCGGAUAUGUUGAGAAUGGAUUCCUUGUUGACUCGAAGAUCUUGCACUUCGGUGGUGGAGAAGGAACGCUGAGCAAGGCAGCGAUUGAGAGGUCUUUGGAUCAGAGUUUGGCGAAUAUUAAGACUGACAAGCUUCAUAUCUUGUACUGCCAUGGCCCCGACAAAGAAACCCCUAUUGCGGAGCAAGUAGCCACCCUGGACGCGGAAUACAAGAAAGGGAAAUUCGAAAAACUCGGCGUCUGCAAUUUUCCUAUCGAGAUGCUCGAGCAAUAUUUGAAAACGGCGGAAGAGAAAGGCUACAUUAAGCCAAGCGUUUUCCAAGGUCAAUACAAUCUCCUCUGCCGCGGGUACGAAGCAAGGCUCUUGCCACUGCUGCGCAAGCACAACAUAUCCUUCGUUGCCUACAGUCCUCUAGCAGGCGGAUAUCUGACUGGGAAGCUAACAUUCUCUACUGGUACCGAGGACUUGAAAGAAACUCGCUUCAAUGUAUCGGACACAAACUACAUGGGCAUGGCUUACAGGAACUGGUACGACAAGCCUUCUAUGCAUUCGGCAGUUCGCAAGAUGGAGGGGUUAUGCAAAGCCCAUGGUGUGCAAAUGAGCGAUGCUGCGUGCCGGUGGGUGUUACAUCAUUCCAUACUUGAUGGAGAACACGGUGAUGGCGUUAUCAUUGGGCCUCGAACUCUUGCUCAACUAGCAAAGUAUGCGGAGUCAUACAAACAAGGUCCCCUCACUGAUGAGCUGGCCAAGGAAUUGAGUGAUGUUUGGGAGAUUGUGAAGGAAGAUGCUGCGUCUAUCGUCUAUUGAGAUUUCAAUGGAGGAGCAAGGCUUGGAUAGGAGAUGGAAUUCACAAUAGCAUGGUGUAACCAAUGGUGGUUUGAUGGAAUGCUUGAAACAAUCCACCAUCUUGGAGAUCCACGCCUAAACAAGCGCAUUUAGAUAGGCAGUCUUGACACCACCUACGAUCAGCUCUAGAGAGGUGAUGGAUGGUUUGCAAGAGAGCCUACACCACCGCCAAGCUUCU